CGUCGCCUAAGCUCCGAUUGAAGUAGUUUUGUGUAUGUGUGUGGUUUUACACUCCGCGGAGAUAACUGCUUAUUUGAAUUGUUGAGGAGUAUGUUCCCGUCAGAGUGAUUUCGGUGUCCACGAAUCACUGCGUAGUCUUAUAUUCUCAACAGGCGAGACGCUACAACAGGCUAACAUUGACAAGGAGGUUAGCAUCUCGGAGAGAAGAAGAAGCGCGUUAGCAUCAAGCUAAUAGCAACGCGUUCGCGUUACGUGAGGUGUGAUCGGCUUCGUUCGACGCACGAGUUGCAGCGAAACCAGCUAGCGGCGGUGCUAAACUCGCAGGGUGGACAUGGCGUCGGUCGGAGCCAAGCGCGAGGGGCCGCAGUUCAUCAGUGAAGUGGCGGUGAGGGGCAACGCCGCCGUGCUGGACUACUGCCGCACGUCCGUGUCUGCGCUGUCGGGGGCCACGGCCGGCAUCCUCGGCCUCACCGGACUGUACGGCUUCGUCUUUUACUUCCUUGCCUCGUUUCUCCUCUCCCUCCUGCUCAUCCUCAAGGCCGGGCGUCGGUGGAACAAGUGCUUCAAAUCCCGACGGCUGCUUUUCACCGGGGGCCUCGUAGGGGGCCUCUUCACGUAUGUCCUGUUCUGGACUUUCCUCUAUGGCAUGGUGCACGUGUACUAAGGUGAUUGGCAGGGAAUUAGCCGGUUUAUCCUCAGUCUAUGCCAAGCCAAUGAACAGCGUUGCCAGCCCUGCUGUUUUCUUUUAGUCAGGCAGAUAUUGAAGGUUAUUCCGUUCUUCCAUAUGAACUCCGAUACCGUCGACCGGGUGGGUGUCAGCAAUUACUGUAUACAAACAAAUGGGUCGUUCUGUUGUCACCCUGCUCUGAAUUUUAACAGCUCAUAUGCCUUUAAUUUAAUGUACUAUAACUGUUAGUUUUGUGCACAAUAUUAAUUCAUUACUGGACGAGUUGAUGGUGAAGUUAGGCUCUGGAGAAACGCAUCAAAACAGGUUGCAACCUACUAAGGUGUAAACACGAAAUAGGAUGUUUUCAGCAGUAGUGAUUUUUGUCCCCCCCCUUCUCGUAUCGCGUUUAACGUUGUUUCUAAUCAUUGCCUCCACACCACCCGUUUGUGUGCUUAGCUGCCCUGUAUCAGUUUUAUAGAACCAAUAUAGCGAUGAUGCUGUGUCCAACAAAAGACUGUUUAAUAAACACCAAAAGGACAAACAAGAGAGGAGAGGAUUUAACUGUUCCGCUCCUCUUCAUCAGUAUUCCAUCUCAACAUGGCUUACAGGAACUUGUUUGCUCACGUGUGGCGAGCUGACUUGUAAUAGAUUACAACUGUGUAUGCGUGCCACGGUUCAUAUGAUAUAAGAUGUGGUGAGUGAUCAGUUUUAGAAACGGCAUGGCUCCAGCAAGAUGAGACUAGAGUGACCCCGGCCAGCACAACAUGGACGGGGCUCAGCGGGACCGUCACACAUGCAUAUGUAAAUACCUGUCACAUCCCAGUCUGAGCGUGAAUAAACUGCAGUACUAUCAAUAAAUAAGACCUGGCACACAA